GCGGUUUUCACAAACGUUUUCCCAGUCGUGACUGUAAAUAGUUCGGAAAUUCAUUUGUCACGAAGAUGGCGCUUUUGGUUUUUUCUUUAAUUCAAAUAUUGAACUUCCUGCGUGAAAAUGUAGUAGCAACAAAAAGCUGAAUAAUGAGUUCAAGUUCCUCAUGUGAAGCACAGAACCUCCUGAUUGAACCAUUUUAUGGUGGGUCCCACAAACAGUUGAUUGACCUGAUUCAAAAAGAAAUCCCAGAAUGCCACCUAGUAACCAUGACAGCCAAAAAGUGGCACUGGAGAUCAAGAGUUUCGGCACUUUAUCUGGCACAAAAUAUUCCAUUUUGUACAAAGUACAACGUACUGUUCUGCAGCAGUGUUUUGAAUCUAGCAGAGCUGGUUGCUCUACGCCCGGACCUGGCUUCCCUGAAGAAAAUUAUAUAUUUUCAUGAAAACCAGCUGGUGUAUCCAGUGAGAGAGAAGAAGGACAGAGAUAUUCAACAUGGCUACAACCAAAUUCUGUCAUGUUUGGUGGCAGACAUGGUUGUAUUCAACUCUCACUACAACUUGGAUUCUUUUCUGUCAUCAAUUGGCAAAUUCCUUCACGUAAUUCCGGACUACAGGCCCAAGAACAUUGCCGACCAGAUCAAACCAAAAUGUCAGGUUAUCUACUUCCCUCUGUCUGAUCAGGUCUCACUUGUAACACAGAGAUUAUCAGCCAAUCAAACUUUAGACUCAGAAACAUCGUCCAAUCAAGUUGUAUCUUCAGAGAGCUUAUCUUCCAGUCAAACAAAAGACACAGAAACAUCAUUGUCCAACCAGAUUGAAUCAUCAGGGAGAUUAUCAUCCAAUCAAACAGUAGACACAGAAACAUCAUUGUCCAAUCAGAUUGAGUCAUCAGGGAGAUUAUCAUCCAAUCAAACAUCAGACUUGGAAACAUCAUUGUCCAAUGAAAUUAAAUCAUCUGAGAGAUUAUCAUCCAAUCAAACUGAAGACUCAGAAACAACAUUUACCUAUGGCUGUGAGGAUUGUGAAUCCAAGAGUUCCAAUAAACAAUCAUACUAUCAAAAUCAAUCAAAUCAGAAUUCAAGUUCACAAUCAAACAAGCAUAUUAGACUCUCAUGUGAACAAAUGCAAGUUGUACAAGAAAAUUGUAUGCAGGAAAAUACUUCGGUCCUCCACUCCGACCAGAAAACCAGACCCCUUCAUAUUGUGUGGGCUCAUAGAUGGGAACACGACAAGGGUCCAGAGCUGUUUUUCGAGGUUGUUAUCCACUUACACAGAGAGGGAUGUCAAUUCUAUCUCUCUGUCCUUGGGGAGCAGUUCACAGAUUAUCUAGAGGUAUUUGAGAACUCCAGAGCCACUCUGCAGGAUCACAUUCUACAUUGGGGCUACCUGCCCAGUAAAGCCCAGUUCCUGAAAGUCUUGGAGAGCGCUGAUGUAGCUGUAUCUACUGCUCUUCAUGAAUUUUUUGGAGUUUCUAUGUUAGAGGCGGUCAGCUGUGGAUGCUACCCCCUCUGUCCAAACCGUCUAGUCUACCCAGAAAUAUACCCAAAGCAAUACUUAUACAACACAAGUAACCAGUUGUUCAAGACGCUGAGAAGAUUUUGCAGACACCCUGAAGUUCCUCGACAACAUGCUGUUCAGAUUGAUGUUUCUAAGUUUUCCUGGGAAAAGAGAAGAUCUGAUUUCAAGACACUGUUUGGUUUUUAAAUUUUAAAAUAAAUUAUAAAGAAGCUCA